AUGCUAGCACCUAAUGCUAUAAUAGCUAAUUCGGAAAGUAAUAUUUCAAUACCUAUAGUUGUGGAAGAGACAAAAAAGAGAAAAUCUGAGUCUGCGUGUAUUUCUGAUCAACACUCUGUUAGUAAAGAUUUAACUGAAAAGAUAGACAAAAUAUCAGAAGCAAAAAAAGAAACUAUACCACCUGAAGCCUCACAAAAAACUAAAGAUCCUUUAGAAUUCUAUAAGAGAACACAAGAGGAGGCUAAAAAGAUAAGAGCUGUUGUACGUGCUGAUAUUUCUAAACUAUCUGCUCCUAUUUCAAAAGCUUAG